CUACUAGAUUAGCAUCAAUGAAGUAGGUAUAGGUGUCCCCAGUGAGUACUUCUACUUAAUCUUGUAUCUAUAAUCUUCAUCUUGUUCUUUUCGGUCCGUCUUUAUUGCGCGAUCUCCAAAAGCCCUUUGCCCCAUAGUUUGCGCCCUAUGCAAUUGUGGCUCUGGUCCAAGAGAGGCAUACUGAGGAGAAACGAAGAUGAGCAGUACUCUCGUCGACUUCGAUCGAACGUGGAGGGAGGCGGAAGCGGGGAACGUCUCCUUCGUGCCGCAGAGUGGACACUUCUGGAUAGCGAUAUUCUUGUCGGUUUUCUGCCAUUUACCUUUCUUCGGUCUGACAUUCGUCUACCUUAAACGCAGCUAUGGGUUUGAAAACACUUUUUCGAUGGCGCAUUCGAUAAGCAGUUUGAUACACCUCACCGCAUUAUCGACAAUUAUUAUGGAGGAAUUGGAAUAUUGCAUUACUAAUCGCUCUUAAUUAUUAUGGAGGAAUUGGAAUAUUGCAUUACUAAUCGCUUUUAAUAGAAUUCUACCUUGUCUUCUACUGAUUAGUCACUGCUGUAGUUCGAGUGCUUUGCACUGUAUUGUUCAUACUUUGAUGACGAUGUGGUUCUGUAUUUGUUUCACAACUACUACUAGUACUUUCUUUCUCAGAGAAAGAAGGUACUUACUAGUAGUAGAUCACUCUAUAGUAGUAGAUAGAGACUCUAUAGUAGCUCUACUCUAGUACAGUCGUGAUCUUCUACUCCUCUCCAACAUAGUCUUCUCCCAGGGAUCUCCCAGGGAUCUAAGUCCCAGUACGAAUUGAUCCGGACCGCGUCCAGAGCCGCCGUUGUGGGACACAUUAUUGACGUUGGGCAAAUCAUCAACCAAAAGUUUUACGGCUUGAACGUGUUCCAAUGGCGCGCGAUCACGAUGUUCCUGACCAGUGUGUCUUUCUGUUUUCUCCUCCUCGUCUGCAUGGGAAAUAGGGAUCGGAAGGUGCUAAAAGUAUAUUGAUGGUUUAAUUCUCGAUUUCAUCAUCUAGUACAGAAUGGAGUAGCGGCUGCGUCUGCAGCAAACAACUCAAUAUUUUUGGUUUUUGAGUCACUACUUUUGAGUACACAUUGUCGGAAAGCUCCUAUGAGUACUAGAGGAGAUACUAUCACUAAGAAUCAUAGCUGGAGCUGGACUAGUUCAGGCGGAUCAUGUUGUCGUAGCAAACAAAUGACGCAGAAGCACUUGCUCGAGAGGACUAUGUAUGUACUUAUACUUAUUUUUCACUUGUUUCAUCACGACAUAGAAGUUUAUCAAGAAUUUUAAGCACUUGAUUGUUGCUCCAGGUCCCCAUCCCCAAAAAACACGACACUACCCACGUGACACUACAGACCGACCGCUUCUGGCAUGGUCUCAUAGUAGCAGGCAACUGGAUGCUCUACUGCGAUCAGAUGCAGAUCAAAACUGGAGAAGAUGCCUCUGCCAGGUUGUUCCCGGUUUUUCUCUUUGGGGUUUUCGUAGUAACAAAGAGAGUUCUGGCGAAUGCGGGAAUACACCACUUUAAGAGAAGAUGGUAUCAGAUAAGGGUAGGUAUAGGACCUAUAGGUAGUACUUUCGCCUCUGUACUAUACUAUAGUAUAGGUAUAGGAUACUAUAGGAAGCACGUUCGCUUGAAUAGGAAAGCUUGAAAAACAAUAUCGACAGAGUUGCCCCCGAUCAUACCUUUUCUUAAAUGGUCGUGGUGGCACACAAGACGCCGCGGCUUGUCGUUGCCCUUUUCCUUUUCCUCGUGAGUGGGUACCUCUAUCUAUCUAUCUAUCUAUCUAUCCUUUGUAAUCAUAUCUACAACACUCAUUCGCAUCUUCAUUUUCUGGUGCAUCGAUUCGAAAAGCCCUGUGAGAAUAUCCAAUGACAACUCUCGCUGGUUCCGCGAUAGGGGUCCUACCCUCUGCGUCGUCGCUUGGUUCCUGUCUGCGCUAUUGAAUAUCACUGUUAAGACUUGUAAUUUGACCUAAUAUCAGGCUUGUUAGAUGCGUUUAGAAGCACUAAAAUAUAUACUCAUCAUUAUAUUGAAUUUUUAGUCUUCAUCCUAAUAUUAUUAUGGUCAAGAUGAAGCAUCUUUGACGUGCUUACAGCUGCUGAAGAAGCAUCUUUGUUCUCUUGCCAAAGCGAGGGGAACUUUCACUUGCCAAGAAAGAUGGGACUCUCUAGAUGUUGGCGCUUCAAGAAGCUUGGAAAGCUCUAACACAUCAGCCUACCUUGAGGAUCGGGAUUUAUCGUUUUUCAUGCCUUCCUUCCAUGUUUGGCUGUUUGCAACUGCCAUGGCUUUUUACCUGACCAUCAUAAUGAUAACCAG